AAAUAAAAAUGGAUCAUUGUUCAAAAAAGUUGCCAAUCGAUUCAAGUUAAUUGUGCGAACAACUUCCAAUCACCCGACCACAACCACAACCGACAACCAAAACCAAGCCAGACAGACAGAAAUUAACGAAAAAAACAUGAAAGCACAGAUAUCUCUGACUAUAAAUUAAAGACUUUUGCAGAUAUGUGACAAAUGUGCAUGAUAUGAAAUAUUAAUCGAAACUCCAGAAGGCAUACAGAAUAUAAUGAAACUUCUAGGUGCAAUAAUUGCCAAACGUAACAUGGAAAAUGCAUAGCUCGCUGGCCUCCAGGUUACUAGUGCGCCUUCUGCUGCUGUUUGCACUGGUUACUGUAGUUUCGAUUGUCAUUUUAACAAAAUGGGGUUUCGAUGAGCUGACCGCGCAAACGGACAAGGACUCGCAUGCAAAUCCCAGCGAGACAAAUGGCUACAACUAUGCGCUGAGCGCGCGAGAUGCAGAAAUAGAGCGGCUCAAGCACGAGGUGCUCACUCUGCGUGCUCAGCUUGUGCUACUACAGAACAAUCGUAGCGGCGGCAACAACAAUGGCGUGCCGGGCAAGGUGCCGAUACAGGGCAGUGGCUAUGCCGCCAGCAGCAGCAGCAACAACAACACACUGCACCAGACGGAUACCACAACUGCGCCGCUCACGCACCACUACGACUGCAGCAGCUAUAUACGCAAACAGGUGGGCGCCGCUGAGAUACUGCACGGCCUGCCGCUGAACAAUGAGUAUGAGAUGAUACCCUUCAACCAUUUCACUUUCACGCGCGUCUAUCCCAUCGACCUGGGACUGGGCAAACGUGUGGUGGAGAAACCCAUUGGCUACCGGCGGCGCGAUCUUCUAGAAGCGGUCAACAAGGCACUGGAGAGUCUCAAUCGCAAUCAUACGGCGCGUGUAAGGGCCAAGGGUCUCACUGCCACAGAGCUGGGCCGGUACACGCUGGACGACUUUGUCGAGGGUAUCUACCGCACGGAGCCGACAACUGGCAGCCAAUACGAGCUGUAUUUCCAGAGCAUCAAGCACCAGACGAAUGUGGUGCGCAAGGCGCUCAUCAUGCGACCUUUCGCACCGCUGCAGACGGUCCAGCUAUCCGAGGUGGCCGCCAGUCCCAUUAUCCACGUGAUACUGCCGCUCGCCGGACGCCUGCACAGCUUUCGCAGCUUUGUGCGGAUGUUGGGCAAGCUGGCGGAUCGGCGGCUGCAGCUGAUAGUCGUCUACUUUGGAGAGCCGGGCCUCAAGGAGGCGCAGGAGAUAGCAGCAGGAGCGGAACGUGCACAGCUUGUUGCUCUGAAUGAGACAUUCAGCCGAGCCAAGGCGUUGCGUCUGGGCGCCGAGCACAUUCAGCCAAAGGCGGAAAAAGUGACGCAGGAUGCGCUGCUUUUCAUGUGCGAUGUGGACAUUGUAUUCACAGCCAAAUUUUUGGAGCGCUGUCGCUGGAAUGCCGCGCCAGGCAAGAAGGUUUAUUAUCCCGUCGUGUUUAGCCUGUACAAUCCGCACGUGGUGUACACACUGCAGGGCAAGCCGCUGCCCAGCGAGGAAGAGCAGCUGCUCAUCUCGCGGGACACGGGCUUCUGGCGCGACUUUGGCUAUGGCAUGACGUGCCAGUAUCGCUCUGACUUCCUCCAAAUACGCGGCUUCGAUGAGGAAAUCGUUGGCUGGGGCGGCGAGGAUGUGAUGCUCUAUCGCAAAUAUGUGCGAUCCAAAAUAAAAAUCAUACGCGCCACAGAUCCGGGCAUCUUUCAUCGCUGGCAUACAAAGAUCUGCACCGGUUCGCUAAGCGCGGAUCAGUAUCGCGCCUGCAUACGUUCGCGUGCUCUGAACGAGGCAUCGCAUGCUCAGCUUGGUUUUCUGGCAUUUCAGGACGAGAUCGCCGCCGCGGGUGCCAUGCCCGGCGGCGUGUCGAUGGCACACUCGUGAUAUCUUAUGGGAAUUGGCCUAUGCUUUCGAUAUUCAGCCACAAUGUGACAAUAACUUGUAUUUAGCCAAUCGUUGACCUAGCAUAAUUGUUAAAUCUGUUUCUUUGCCGCCUAGAUACUUAAACUUAACUUAAAUUAACUGAACUACUCGGUACUUGUACUUGUAAUCGUCUGCGUAAUCGUAUGACAAAUUGUUCUUCCAUGAAGCAAACUAGAUGCAAUCUUCAACAAAAAAAAAAAAAAAACAAAGACAUAAUAAGUAUAAUAAUAAUAACAAACACCUAACAAGACCCACAUUGUAAACAUAUUUAGCAUAUUGUAUCAUAUACUGAACCUAUAUAAAAGUGCGUCUGCU